AAGCACAGCAAGGCUUCAGUGUGCUGACAGUUCUGAGCAUCUUCUGCUGUGUUUCUCUCUGCAGAGAGCUGUUCAGGGUUGAAGGUGUGAUUAAAGACUGAAUGUAAUCAUUGGGAUAAUGUUUCUCAGAAGUCAUCUGUAGAGAAAGAAGGAAACUUGUAUUUGGUGUCUUGGCAACUGGACAGUUUUGGAGGAGAAAAGAUGAGAAACAUAAUUGGCUCAUCAAUCACUGAUGCAUUAAUGUCUUCUCAAUGUCCCCAUGUGAAAGAAAAAGUAACUUUCUGCCUUGACUUCAGGUGAGACUAUACAAGGAUUGCCAUGAUGGCUCUGUGUUGUACAUCCUUCCCGCUAUGGCACAAUCAAGUCACAAGGCAGAGCUCUAUGUCUGAGUAUCAUGGGGUGCCUGGAAUUAAUGUCUUUGCAUCACCUCUGCACAGGUCAGGUAAUCAUGUGACACUUGAUACUUUACCCUGGAAAUUGUCACCCUCUAGCUAGGCUUCUGACUACAUUUUGCUUGCACAUCUGGACUGACUCAGGUGUUCCUAUAUGGGAUGGCAAUGCAGCUUCCAGUUAAGGAAUUGAGAAGCAAUUACAUGAAAUGUGUCAUUAACAACUGUAUUCGUCACGUUUUGUAACAAAUUAUGCUGAGAUAUAGAGUCCAAAUUAUGAGAAGCUGAGGCUUAUCUUUAGCUUAUGCUUCACUCAAAGGAAACUGGCAUUCUCCAAAAGGCAGUCUUCCUGUUACUUGGCUAUGGACUUGAUGCAAGGUGGAAGGAAGAGCUCCAGCCAUGUAAGUAAGGUGUAUUUGCAUCAGCAUGUUACUAAGCUGGUGAUCUCUGAGCUGCAGAGGGGUCAAAUGGAGGUCAUUAAGGUGGAGGAAAAGAGUCCCUAGAGGUUAGAAAGUUUAUUGCAGGAGAGCAAAGAAAAUGUGUGCCACUCAUAUCUUGUUGUGAGGUCUGUCUUCUUUAUUGUCCUUCUGAAACAAAUCUGUGUGUCAGGCUAUGUGGUCACAUACAUCUUCUAGUAAGUUUAGUGGUACUGAGAGAACUUAAAACUUCUUAAAACUUUAAAACGUAAAGCAUUUCUGAAGGUUGAGAAAUGCUACUUUAAGUUACAGUUUGAGCUUGUGAUGAUUGUUUGCCAGCUAACUUGCUGUCACUAGCACAAGUAGAACUUCUUACUUAUAACCUGAAAAUAUUUAUAUCACAAAUUUUUAUGACACAGCAGAAUUUUCUCAGGACAGAAAUGUAUAUUUAGCUAGGUGACCACAAUUAAAAUUAUCAUCGAAGGAGUUAAAGAAGAAUGAAAAAAUUGAAUUUAGCUGUUGUUAUGAGGGCAGAUUCUUUUCUGGCCAAAUAACCAAUUUCAAGGAAGUUCAAGGGAAUUAAGAGGCACAUACCUUUGAUUCUGCAUCAGUUUGUCAGCUCCAUACCUGGCCUAGGGCUGAACGUUGUCUCUCGAACAUGCAAAUUUUCUGCAUUGAUCCUUCCCACAAUUUCUGAUUUGUUCUUAAUUAUACCAAAGAAGGAAAUAAACUCUGCGUCCUUGCAAAAUUUUCAUGGCUCUUCUGAUUUGGGGUGUUGCAGGGUGUAGCUAAUGCUCUGAAAAGGCUUCGGGAUUCCUGGAUGAAAGGUGUGAUGAAAGAAGUGUAUUGUUAUUGUUUUAGGGGAGGAAUCAUGCUACUGGGUAAGCCUCUGUCACUGAGACUUGCUGGACUUGUUUGUUCUGACUUGCCUAUGACUCCUUUCUUUCUUAAUUCGGGAGAUAAAGCCUCAAGUCUAUGCUGAGAUGCUGCACAGUGAGUUGUGGUGCUCGGGACGGUGGAUCUCCCAGAGAGAAGAGCUUCUUGCUGACCUCUCAGUGGUACACAGAGGCAGUGAUCCAGAUGGACAGAGCAGUAAGGCGCUUAGAGCCAUGGAAGAUCGCAGUCAUUGUUGUGUCAGUGAUAGUAGGCUUAGCCCUCAUCAUUGGCUUGAUUACAUAUCUUUUGUGCCACGAUCAAGACAGAUAUUACAAUGCAUCUUUCCUAAUCACCAAUGUCGACUAUAAUCCUCAGUAUGAGAGGCAAACUACAGAUGAGUUCAGGAACCUAAGCGAAGAUAUUGAAACCAUGAUAUCUGAAGUAUUCAGGGGGUCCUUUCUAAGUAAAAGAUACAUCAGGUCCCACGUGGUCAGUCUAAGCCCAGAUCCUGUUGGAGUGCUUGCAUCUGUUGUUCUGGUAUUUAAAUUUCCCUCUGCUGACAGUGAAGCAACGACCUCGCGUCAAGUCAACCGUGUGUUACUCAGAAGGCUGAAAGCAACCUCGACGUACCUGAAUGUUGACCAGUCUACCAUCAGACUCACAGAGUUGAACAAGGAAAAGGGAGAUAACCUUUUAAACAACUGCUGUGGAAUACGAAGACAGGCAUUCUCCUUCACAGGAGUGGAAAGAAUAACUGGCGGGCAGCGUGCACGGGAGGGAGAAUGGCCAUGGCAGGCGAGCAUUCAGCUCGAUGGGACCCAUCGCUGUGGGGCAUCAAUCAUCAGUAACACCUGGCUGGUGACUGCAGCUCACUGCUUUAGAGGGGUAAGAGAUCCUCGGAGGUGGACUGCCAGCUUUGGAAUUCUGCUGAGACCUCCAAAACAGAAAAAAUUUGUCCGGAGAAUUAUUGUUCAUGAGAGAUACGGUGACCUUCUCCUUGAUCAUGACUAUGACGUGGCUGUUGUAGAACUCGCCUCUCCUAUUGAGUUCACAAGUGAUGUGCACAGUGUCUGCCUUCCUGAAGCAUCUCACAUUUUCCCAGACAACACUUCCUGUUUUGUCACUGGCUGGGGAGCUUUGGAGAAUGAUGGCUAUAGUGUUAAUCAGCUUCGACAAGCAGAAGUGAGAAUUAUAAGUACUGCGGUUUGCAAUAGGAGACAAGUGUACGGUGGAGCGAUAACAGCUGGAAUGUUGUGUGCUGGAUACUUGGAUGGGCAGGUGGAUGCUUGCCAGGGUGACUCUGGUGGGCCACUGGUGCAAGCGAAUUCCAGAGGAAUCUGGUAUCUUGUGGGAAUAGUGAGCUGGGGAGAUGAAUGUGGCAAGCCAAAUAAACCAGGAGUAUACACACGAGUGACUUACUAUCGAAACUGGAUCCACUCCAAAACGGGCAUCUGAAACCUGGAGCAGGUUAAGUUCUGUGGGCUGCAUACAGCUAUUCCUCUGACACAUCCUGCUCUGUGGUCACCCUCUAAGCAGCUGCUGGCUUAGCUUGUGGUCGUGUAUAAAGUACCUGUAAGCUUGGAGCAGUCUGGGACUUGAAAUUGAUUUGGCCUACAGCCAGACAGGAAUGGACUUGAUCCAUGUGACAUUUGUUUGUUCAGGAAGUACUCUGUCAGAGGGACAAUUGCCUUCAUCUAUAUGCAAUAUAUUGACCCUUUUUUCUACAUGGCCACAUGUCUUGGCCCCAGCUUUUAUACCCAAGCAAAGUGUUUGAGCCCGAACAAUCAUCUGCCAGCAUCUGAGACAAGCUGUAACUGAAACCUGGCCCAUCCAUUUGCUGUGUGCUCACAAAACCCUAUCUAUCCAUAGAAAAGCUACAAUCCAGGCCCUGACUCCAAGGCUGCUGUUCUUCUGAAUUCUUGAGCUUUCUCCUGCAUCAUUCCAGGAACUGCACUAUAUGAAGAAUGGAAGAUGGCUUAGAGAAGUCCUGGUUCCUAAUAUCACAUUGAAUUGUUAAUUAAGUGAAUAGAGAACUUUUCCUUGCCUGAGGAAGAAAUUAGUGGAAAACACCAGCUUGUGUCCACCUUCUUUGAACAAGUGAACGUAUGCCUGUUCAUCGUUUCAUAUAAACAGUCUCUACCGCAGCAUUUGCCAGGGGAGUGAUUUCUGGACUUAAGACCAAAAACCACCUUAUAUUCAUACCAGUUUGUUGUCAUAGCACAAUAUUUGGCUGAAUUAAUUUCCAGUUUUAUCUUUCCAGACUGUAUUUUGCUGAAUAAAAGUCCUUUGCCUUUUGUGCAGGAUGGAUGAUUGAAACAAUCUCAGUAUGACCUUCGUCAAAAAAAACUUCUCAAACUUCUUAUUCUUGUGAAUGCUGUUCUCAAGUCUUUAUAAUUUUUAUGUGCAUCUUUAGCUAUAUCCUGUAAAAAAAAAAAAAGCUUUUGCAUUACAGUGGAAAUAUCCCCGUCCUUCAGAGCAGGACAGAACUUCUGACAGACCCAGAAAUCUUAUGUACAGAGCUCUCUAUUCUCACAGGAAGUAAGAAUUGCCUGUGUUGCAUUGCCAGACUGUAGCUGACUCAUUUGAUCUCAGCCACACAAACCUCAUGUUCUCUCUGGCUUCAUGAUUUCAGGAGCCCAUGUUUCUGUCAGCCUGGGCAGAAACAGGUCUACCUUCUGUCAGGUAGAUAUCCAAUGCUUUCUACAAGCCAGCAGCAGAACACACCUAUUCUUGGUAGGGAUGCUCUCGGUGUAUCUGCAAGCUUUCCAACUUUAUGUGGAUCCUGAUCCUAACAACAGCAAGUGCUGUGGACUUAAUUGCUGGAUAAUGAGCCACUCAACUGCUCUUUUCUCCCUCUAUGGUCAGAAGGGAAAGCACUCAGGAGAGGAGAUACUGGCCACACUGCCAAGAUUCAGAGCUGGUCCAGCAUGGCAAGCAGAAAAGAACCUUCUGCCAGGCUAGAAAAGGCAAACAGCAGGCUUUCAGUAUGCUCUUAGUUAGAAGGGCUGGGGGAAACAGGCCCUCAGUGGUUAUAGUCUUAGGAUCAGAGUGUCAUUCAAGUUGAGCACUGGACAGCUGGCAAAGUCAAUGGCAGCUCAGGGAUCCCCUCUGGACUGUGCAGCUCGCUGCCAGUGCUGCCCAAAUAGAGCAGUGAUCCCUCCAGAGCAGUGAUUACAGAAGUAUUUUGAUUACAUGUCCUGUGAUCUGAUUGUCAGUCCAGAGAACAGUUUUUCAAGAGCCUCACUGGAGGUACUGGAAUAGUUGGAAGUCCACAGAAGGUCUGCAGUUGUUGUGUUCUAUACUUGUACUUAUACCUGGCACUUGUACUUAUACCUGGCACUUGAUUUUCUUUUUUCCCCUCCAAGAACUUUUCUUGUGGAAUGCUGUGAACUUUAGAAACAAACUUGGUGGUUUAAUUUCUACAUAGGGAACAAACACAGUCAGACUGGUUCCAUAGGUCACAGCCCAACAAAUUUCAUUUCAGCCUCUUCAGCCAAACAUGUCUUUGACAUAUAUUGCUUGUUAGAGGAAGUUUAAAACUGGUAUAUGACAAGUAUAUAUGAUUUUUUUUUCUUGGUUGUAGCACGUGUCUUGCCAGGAUGAUGGAUGAAAUUUUAUACUUGUCUUCAUAAAUAUCAUUACAAAAUACUAUGGAUUUUCAGUUUUCAAACCACUUCAGGCUUGGGUUUUCAAAGGACAUAAUGGUUUCUCCAUCUGUUUGAUUUCAUUGUAACUUGCACACUUCACAUUUUUAGGAUUGCAAAUACCAGCUUUCUCACUGAUUCCCCAAAAUACAUAAGUAGAUGUCCAAAAAAUUCAUUUUGAAUCUGUGAACUUCCCAAUUUGCUUCUUUUGGGUACUAUAUCAGAAAGCCUUAAGCAUUUAGCUCAGUCUCAAGGGCUGGAGUAAAUCUCAUUCUCCAAAGUGGUGCAAACAAAACUUAAAAACUCAACUUGUCAUUUGCUUAAGGAACUGCCAUUUCUGAGGGAAUACUUGUAGAGAUACAGUACCUGAUCUCCCUUAUUGCUGAGUCCCAGCACCAUGCAGCCAGGAGGAGUGGGGGUUAAGAGAAUCUGGCAUCUACUUGGGGUAUGUUUUGGAAGGCUUUAUUUUGGAUGACCUUGUGGAGAAUCUCCUUAUAGCAUCUGGAAAUUUCAGUUCCAGUUUCUUCUGGAAGCAAUGUAGUUCAUAUGCUCUGAGGCUUCUUGGUGAUGCAAAGCAGUAAAAAUGGUGACAAUCAAGAAAAGCAUUUGAAAGAACAGACUUCAUCCAAGGGAAUAUUCGUAUGGUUGGACAUGAUGGGUCUGAAUCCCUUACUUGGGAAAUUAAGGAAAUCUGAAGCCAAAAAUUUUUAUUUGGUUUAGGUGGUAUAGCAGACUUGUAUUUCUUUGAAGCUGCAUUUUCACCAAUUUAUGAAGCUACAAGCUGCAGUGUUUCUCAUCUGUGCUUUUAGAGGAAUUAACAUCUUCGCUUAAGGCAGAAUGGGAUAUUUCUAGCUAUACAAUCAUGCAUAACA